AUGAAAUCACUCCCUCUUGUGCCCUGCGGUGUGGCUGCGAAGCACCAGAUGAUGAUUGAAGAAUGCCCCAUUUGCUUGAGCGAGUUUGAAGAAAGAGAAAUUGUUAAAUUGAUUCCAUACUGUAGGCACGGUUUCCAUCCCAGGUGUAUUGACACGUGGCUAUCCUCGCACGUGACGUGUCCUGUCUGUCGGUCAACUCAGCUGUUCAAGAGAGUUGAGGAGGUUUGUUUGGAUGUGAAGCAGGAGUGCAAUGACAUAGGUGUGAGUGAGAUUGGUGAGAGAUUAACGGUGAGUAAUAGUUAG